AUGGUCACCGAUUUACGAGCGUCCGGCGAUGUAAGCCGAACGUUUCGACACACACAAGAUUUCGAGUCGUCGUUCGAAAUUCAACAAGACGACGUCGAUAGUGAUGUGGAGACGCGGAGAAACAAUGCCGCUUAUAAGCAAUUGAGCAAUUAUCAUGUCGCACUUGCCGAGAAGCUUUAUUCGGAGUUAUGCUCCCUGGCGUUUGGUGAAUUUGACACAGCGAGCAAUGAAAUCUCGCCGAUCAUGUGGACAAGGCUGUAUAAUAUUUUCGUUGAAAUUGAACGCCGAACUCGUCAUAUGCCGUCUGACGCGAAAAUCUCGAUUCAAUCGCAACGAAUCGCCAGCGAAGCCGUCCAAAUCACCAGCGUGUUGGCGAUCUACGCGGCUCUUCCGCACGAGUACGCCGCCACUCGCGAGACGUCGCUUUUGAGCCAUCUGAUUCUCGAUGACGUCGAAUUCCGACGAAUCUACGCCCUCCUUCUAUGGAGCGAGAAGGCGAUCAGCGAGCAGCAAUACGAGUUGGGCAUUUCGAAGAAGGUCGGCCAUUUGGAAUGCGCCGGAUACCUUCGGAAUCGCUCGAUCGCGGAAUUCAAACGCGCGUUGAUAAGCGGACCAUCGAGCGGAGCGUCGUUUGAUCCGGACGCGAGGGGCACCGAUGAGGACUUCAAUAAUGAGCAACGCGCAAUGCUCACCAUGUUCCAGUUGAUAAGGUGCGGCGAGGCGGCGAAAGCCGCCGAAUUGGCGAUGAAGUGCGGAAUGGGACCAUUGGCGGCGCAAUUGCGACUGCAUGCGAUGCUUCGCAAUCCCGAUGAUGUGCCGCUGGAAGUGGACUCGAAGAAUCAUGCGAAAGAGAAGAGGCAACAUCGGGCGAUGUACUUCAAAAUGUUGAGCAAAAUGAUUGAAAUGGCGAAACGCGAUGAGGAUGAUGCUCACAUGCUUCUGCUGAACGCCAUGCGUGGAAGUCUUCAUCCGAUGCUGAAAAUCGCCGAAACGAUUGUUGAGAAGGUUUGGGCGCACGCGAACGCCGCGUUCAUCGGACGCCUACUCGCCGCCGAAGGCUCGCUGUCGGUUGGUGAAGCCGAGAGAUUAUUCAAUGUGCCGCUGACGGCGAAAUCGAUUCUUGACGAGCUUGACGCGGAGAAUCGACGGACUGGUGAGGUGCUCGUUUUGACAAAAGUCAUCGAUUACAUGCUCAAUGAUGAGAUUGAUGAGCUGUUCGCCCUCGCCAAACACCAAUGCGAAGGGUAUAUUCCGAAUUAUCCGAAUUCCGGUGUGAAUCCGAUCACCUUGGACUUGUUCUUCCAUUUGGUGUGCGUUUCGUAUUUGAAGGGAUAUGAGAUGAAUGAUCACGGAACUGUCGUCGUCACUUCGGAAUUCGCCGACCUUCGUCAUCGCUUCGCGCCGCAUCGGCGAAUGGCCGCGUUCUAUUCGCGAUUUUUGCCGCGCGAUUCGCCGCAAAUCAAUUUCGAGAUUAUGGAGACGAUGAAAAUUAUUGACACGGAAUCCGAACGCGAGAUAUUCGCGCAAUCAUUGAGAGAAUGCGAGCUCGAUUUCGGGAAAUAUGCUUGCUCGCUUAUCAAAUUGCGCGACGAGAUGAUGACGAUCGAUGAGCAGAUUGAGCGAUGGCAAUGGGUUUUGGUUGGCAAAGAGGAGACGGCGUUGGCGGCCGUCGAGGAGAUGAAUCGUCUGAUUCGCAAUUGCCUUCUGGAAGACAAAUGGGAGACGAACGUGCGUUCGAUUCUCCGCAAGGCGUUCGAAUACAAUUUGCCCGGUGCGCUCUCGGGUGUGAUGUGCGAGCCGCCGUCGUCGUGUCCGGUGCUCUCAUUGAGCGAUGAUGAAUUCGAUGGAGCCGCACCAGCUGAUGCUCCCGAGACGUUGGCGAAAGUCGAGCACGCGAUGCAAGAAUUUGUGGCGCAUUGCACGUUCAUGGAUCUGCACAAUUAUAUGGUGACGAUUGCGCUGAAGACGGGCAUCGCGAUGAACUACGAGCCGGUUCGCGAUGAGGAGCUCGAGGCGAUCGGCGGACUCAAAAUCAAAGAGUCGCGCGAUUGGGAGGCGUCGUUGAGGGUUCGCGCGCGCGCCGAAAUGACACUUCGCGAGGAGGCGAUGAAACGGAAGACGAUCGACGCGAACGCUCGACGCGAGAUGAUUUCGCAGCACAUUCGAAACGCGAUGCCCCUAUUCGAGAGCCUUUUGCGCAACAACGGAUGGCGUGGCGAGUUUUUUUUGGCGCCGCGCUCGACUGGCGAUCCGAUGAAGCGUCAUCGAAUGGAAUUGGCAAAAAUUCGGGCGCGUUUCGUGCCGGAAUUUUUCCGGAAGUUUGCGAUCGCUUCGGCGAAAAUUGACGAGAUGCUGCCGUUUUACGAUUUUCUGUCGUCGUUUGACGUCGAUUCUGGUGAUUUGGGAAUCGCCCACGAGGAGAUUCGGCGAUUGUUCGAAACGCUGGCGAAUUUGAAUGUGAACACGGAACAGAAUUGA